CCUGCUGCCCCCGGCCCCUGCACCCCGGCGCGCCCGGUCCCGCUCUGGGGGGGUUGGUGGCUUCGCUUUGCCAUGAGUUUACCGCAGAAACCGGCUCUGAAAUCAGGCUCAGCGGUUGCAGCAGGAACCGGACCCGGCACCGGAGCGGCGGCGGCGGCGGCGGCGGCAGCAGCGGUACCGCCUCCUCACCCGGCGGCGGCAGCAGCGGCGGCGGCGGCGGCAGCGGCCCCUCCUCACCCGAACAUCAGGGCCCUCCAGACCCAGGCGCCCCAACAAAUUCCUAGAGGACCUGUGCAGCAGCCUCUGGAGGAUCGAAUCUUCCCUCCCACCGUCUCCGCAGUCUACAGCACGGUAACACAAGUAGCAAGACAGCCGGGACCCCCAGCCCCUUCCCCUUACUCAGCACAUGAAAUAAACAAGGGGCAUCCAAAUCUCCCAGCAACGCCCCCGGGACAUGCAUCGUCCCCUGGACUCUCUCAAACCCCAUAUCCCUCUGGACAGAAUGCAGGUCCAACCCCAUUGGUAUACCCUCAAGCCCCUCAGACAAUGAAUUCACAACCUCAGACCCGUUCUCCGCCCAGCAGAACAGUGCCAAUACAUUGCACAGACAACUGGAAGAGGAGGAAGGUUUUGGAACAGACUCCUGUUUACAGGUCCUUGGCUGGAAGAGGCUGGAUAAAAUACUGCAUUUUUGCAGCGGGGCCUCGACCAGCCCAUCAUCAGUUUUUCCAGAGGCCUCAGAUACAGCCUCCUAGAGCCACCAUCCCGAACAGCAGUCCUUCCAUUCGUCCUGGUGCACAAACACCCACUGCAGUGUAUCAGACCAAUCAGCACAUCAUGAUGGUUAACCACCUGCCUAUGCCGUACCCAGUGCCCCAGGGUCCUCAGUACUGUAUCCCACAGUACCGUCACAGUGGCCCUCCUUAUGUUGGGCCCCCACAACAGUAUCCAGUUCAACCACCGGGGCCAGGUCCUUUCUAUCCUGGACCAGGACCUGGGGACUUCCCCAGUGCUUAUGGAACGCCUUUUUAUCCAAGUCAGCCAGUGUAUCAGUCAGCACCUAUCAUUGUGCCUACACAGCAACAGCCUCCUCCAGCCAAGAGAGAGAAAAAAACUAUAAGAAUUCGUGAUCCAAACCAGGGAGGUAAAGACAUAACAGAGGAGAUUAUGUCUGGAGGUGGCAGCAGAAAUCCCACUCCACCCAUAGGGAGACCUACGUCCACACCCACUCCUCCUCAGCAGCUGCCCAGCCAGGUCCCCGAGCACAGCCCUGUGGCUUACGGGACUGUGGAGAGCGCUCAUCUUGCUGCCAGCACCCCUGUCACUGCAGCUAGCGACCAGAAGCAAGAAGAGAAACCCAAACCAGAUCCAGUGUUAAAGUCUCCCACCCCAGUCCUUAGGCUAGUCCUUAGUGGCGAGAAGAAAGAACAAACAGGCCAGACACCUGAGACUGCUACAAUAGAGUCCACACCAGAGAUUACUCAGCCUCCAUCACCUACCACUGUUCCUCCAGUUGGUCGAAGUUCACUUGUUUCCCCCACCUCUGCUGCUCUUAGUAGCCAGCUGAUAUUCAGUACUUCUGUAGAUGACAGAUGUGAACUCUCUUUCAAAGAAGAUACAAUUCCUAUACCAAGCCCCACAUCUUGCACAGCAGCAUCAGACCCUUCAUCAACAGAUGAAACUGGCGAUGGCAUAUGCAAGAAACCCUGUAGCAUAGCAACUAAUGAUAUUCCACUGAUUUCUAGCACUAACUUAAUUAAUGAAAUGAAUGGACUUAGUGAAAGAUUACCAGCCACGGAGAGCAUUGUGGAAAUGGUGAAACAGGAAGUGUUGCCCUUGACUCUUGAGUUGGAGAUUUUGGAAAAUCCCCCAGAAGAAAUGAAAGUGGAGUGUAUCACUGCUCCCAUCACCCCUCCCAUGGUUCCUUCUUUUUCUCCAGCUCCUCCAUCUCCUCCAGCUUCUCCGUCUCCCACUCCAGUCAUCGUUCCUGCUGCUGCUACUACUGUUAGUGCUCCCACUGCAGUCCAGAGAGUCUUAGAAGAGGAAGAGAGCAUAAGAACUUGCCUUAGUGAAGAAGAAAAAGAGAUUCAAAACAAAAUAGAGGUAGAAGCAGAUGGGCAAACAGAGGAAAUUAUGGAUUCUCAGAACUUAAAUUCAAGAAAGAGCCCUGUCUCAGUGCAAACAGUUACUACUGCACCAAAGACCUGGAAGAAACCAAAAGAUCGAAACCGAACCAAUGAAGAGGUGUUAGAGGUUGAAUUGGAGCCUAAAGCUGAAGAGGAACUUUCAAUUGACAGUGUACUUGAAUCUAACAAGAUAAAAUAAGCCAAGGGUUUCAUCAAGGACAAAGACCUCUCUGACUAAAAAGUGAA